AAAAUGACUUUAAAAGUCAGACUAUUUAGUUUAUUGUGCAUCGCAGCAAACUUUAACCUUAUUUAUGGUUAUAGUUGUAAGUUUGUGGAUAAUUCAUUUUUCGGUUAUAGUUGUAUAUUGAGUCCAGACGACAGAAGUGAUGUUGAGCAGCAUGUACCAGGCAAAACUGAUGACGAUGUGACGACAUUUCAAUUAUGGCACUAUGGAGCUUGGAGUGACACGCCACCGCUGUCAAUGUUGGACGUAAACAUUUGUGAAAGAUUCAAAAAUCUGCAUAAAAUUGAGUUUAGCAAUCUUAAAGUUAAGCCAGACUUCCUGAAAGGCUGCAGAAAUUUGAAAGAAUUAAUCGCAAGUAAUAUUGGAAUUACGGAACUUCCUGGAGAUUUUCUAGCCGACAACACAAAGCUGAUUAGGCUGCGACUGAGAAACAACAAUUUUCGAAUCUUACCUGAAAAUCUAUUUGCACAUCAACAGGAACUUAUCGAAAUUCUCCUGAUUAAAAAUCAAAUUGUAGUCAUUCCAAAUAAUAUUUUUAAACCAGCUGUAAAUGUCAAGUACAUCUACCUUGACGAAAAUGAUAUUUACAAUAUAAAUUCAGAGCAAUUUAGAAGUCUCCCAAAUUUAAGACUUUUAAGUUUGAACCACAACAAAAUCUCGGAUCUGCCAAGUGAUGUCUUUACUUCCAUGAACAAUUUACUUCAACUUUCAUUGCACAACAAUCGACUGACAACAAUUCACUCGGAUUCAUUUGGAAUUAACAGAAAAUUAAAAACUUUAAAUCUUGCCUGGAAUAAAAUUGAAGGAUUUGAUGAAAAAUUGAUUGACAACACAUCACUCGAGCUUCUUGUCAUGGACGGGACACCAUGCAUUGCAAAUUUGAAUAAUGAUGAAGAAUAUGAUGGAUUUAAUAUGACAAUAGUGAGAUUAAGGUUGAAAAAGUGUUUUGACAGCUAUCGGCCACGUGUUGAUAAUUGUGGAUCUGUGUUUGGAUGUACGUCUCCUCCAUAUAAUCCACCUUCAUUUAAUCCUCCACCAUUUUUCCCUCCAUUUUAUUUUGGUACAACAAGCAAAUAUCAAUUUGAUUAAUUUCACGUCUAAUUAUGCUUAUUUUUCUAACCGCUUAUAUUAUAUAUGAUCUGGGAUUUUUCUUAGGAAGAGCCUGAUUCAAACAGACACUUAGCCGAGGGAGAAGGGGGGAGGGGGGUGGGGGUAGUUAGGAAAAACCCAUUUUUUUGAAAUUUCUUUAUUUUGGUAAGGUUCGGCUAAGUCUAUACAAAACUUUUUUACCCCCCUCAUUUGUAAAAAUUUGUUGCACCUGGUUCGAAAGCUAUAACCGUCCCUUAACCCCUUGCUUCGCUUUUGCCAGGUGCGUAACCAGGGGGGGGGGGGGGGGAAUUUUGGGGACAAAAUGAUUAAUAGAUUUAAUCAUGCCCAGUCCCAUGCCAGAUUAACUGACCUGUGCUAUCCGCGAUGUUGUUAAUAUUUUUCUUGAUUUAUAAAUGAAACUUUACUAAUUAUGAAUAAAAUGUUUAUAAAAAAA